CCCCUCUCCUUCCUCCUCCUCCUCCUCCUCCUCCUCCGGCUGCCUGCACGCCGGGCCGCCCGUCGCCGCGGGGCCGGUGCCGUGCCGUGCCGUGCCGUGCCGUGCCGUGCCGUGCCGUGCCGCGGAGGCCAGGCCCGGGCGCCGUCCCCCGCCGCCGGCGAGCUCCAUGGUGCGGGAAGGCGGCAUGGCCCGCACCCCGUACAGCUCCACGCAGGACAUCCAGAUGGACGUCUUCGACAACGCCGCCCUCCAGGGCAAGUACAGCAAGAGGAAGAGCCGCUUCAAGCGCUCGGACGGCAGCACCUCGUCCGACACGACGUCCAACAGCUUCGUGCGGCAGGGCUCGGCGGAGUCCUACACCAGCCGCCCCUCGGACUCGGACGUCUCGCUGGAGGAGGACCGCGAGGCGCUGCGCAAGGAGGCCGAGCGCCAGGCGCUGGCGCAGCUGGAGAAAGCCAAGACGAAGCCGGUGGCAUUCGCCGUGCGGACGAACGUCGGCUACAACCCCUCGGCCAGCGACGACAUGCCCGUGCAGGGCAUGGCCAUCUGCUUCGAGCCCAAAGACUUCCUGCACAUCAAGGAGAAGUACAACAACGACUGGUGGAUCGGGCGGCUGGUGAAGGAGGGCUGCGAGGUCGGCUUCAUCCCCAGCCCCGUCAAACUGGAGAACAUGCGGCUGCUGCAGGAGCAGAAGAUGAGGCAGAACCGCCUGAGCUCGAGCAAAUCGGGCGACAACUCCAGCUCCAGCCUGGGCGACGUGGUGACGGGGACCCGCCGGCCCACCCCACCGGCCAGCGCGAAGCAGAAGCAGAAGUCGGCCGAGCACGUGCCGCCCUACGACGUGGUGCCCUCCAUGCGGCCCAUCAUCCUGGUGGGGCCGUCGCUGAAGGGCUACGAGGUCACGGACAUGAUGCAGAAAGCCCUCUUCGACUUCCUGAAGCACCGCUUCGACGGCAGGAUCUCCAUCACGCGGGUGACGGCCGACAUCUCGCUGGCCAAGCGCUCCGUCCUCAACAACCCCAGCAAGCACACCAUCAUCGAGCGCUCCAGCACGCGCUCCAGCCUGGCCGAGGUCCAGAGCGAGACCGAGCGCAUCUUCGAGCUGGCCCGGACGCUGCAGUUGGUGGCCUUGGACGCUGACACCAUCAACCACCCGGCCCAGCUGGCCAAGACGUCCCUGGCCCCCAUCAUUGUCUACAUCAAAAUCACGUCCCCCAAGGUGCUCCAGCGGCUCGUGAAGUCCCGGGGCAAGUCCCAGGCGAAGCACCUCAACGUGCAGAUGGUGGCCUCAGACAAGCUGGCGCAGUGCCCGCCGGAGAUGUUCGACAUCAUCCUGGACGAGAACCAAUUGGAGGACGCCUGCGAGCACCUGGCCGAGUACCUGGAAGCCUAUUGGAAGGCCACGCACCCGCCCAGCAGCAACCCGCCCAAUCCGCUGCUGAACCGCACCAUGGCCACGGCGGCGCUGGCCGCCAGCCCGGCCCCCGUCUCCAACCUCCAGGGACCGCACGUGGCGCCCGGGGAGCCGCCGCGCCGGGGGGAGCCCGGCAGCCUCCGCCAGCGCCCCGGCGAGGCCGGCAGCCGCGGGCAGGGCCACCGGGGCCAGGCGCCCGCCCGCCGCGGCCUCCCCCGCCAGGACACCUUCGACUCGGAGACCCAGGGCGGCCGGGACUCGGCCUGCACGGAGCCCGGCGACUCCUGCAUGGACGUGGAGACGGACCCCUGCGAGGAGGCCGAGGCGGAGCCGCCGGGCCCCCCCGGCGCCUGCCCCCGCCGCCGGCUCCAGCAGCGGCCCGGCGGCCCUUGGCCCGAGGAGGCGCCGGGGCCGGAGAGCCGGGGCCGGGCGCUGCCGGGCCGCCCCAAGGGCCGGGACCGCUACUGCCCCGAGCCCCCCGAGGCCCUGGGCCUCAGCCAGAGCGACGUGGAGGGCUGGGGCCAGGAGGUCUACAUCCGCUAGGGCCGGGGGGGCGUGGGGGGGGCGGCUCCUGCUUGCCCCCCCGCUGCCUACGGCCUCCCUUGCCCGCCGGGGAGCCCCUGCUUUGCCAACAGGGCCCCGGCCGCCGGGGUCUCCCCCCUGCCCUGUGCCUGGGGGGGGAUCCCCCCCCCCCCCGCAGACUAUCCAGCGGUGCCUCGGGCCCUCCCUGCCCCGCAGGGACAGCAAGUGACCAAAGGGGACCCCGGCGUGUCCCCGUGGCAUGGGGGGGGCUGUUCCCCACCCCCCCGGGUGCCCCCGCCUCCCAGUAUCCAUGGUGCUGUUUGCCCCCCGGCUCCAGGGCUGCAGGGAGACCCCCGGGCUGGCGGCUGCCCGCCCCCCUGCCGCCGCCGUGCCCCACAGCCUCCCCUGCCCCACAGCAGCCUUGCCUGGCGGGGGGGGGGGGGGUGCAUGCGUGUGCCGUGCCAUGGGGGGCCCGCGGCUCUGGACCGUGGGGAGAGGGUCCCCGCUGGCCCCGGCGGUGCCCCCCGUGGGUGCUGCCUGCCCGGGGGGGGCGGUUUGCACGUGUUUGCGUUGGAGGGGCUCUGCCUGAAGGGGGGGGGGCCGGAUCUGAGCCAGUCCGGGGGGGGUCUAACACGUGCUAACAGCUGCCCCAGGCCCGGCCUGCCGCCGCCGGAGCCCCCCCGUGCCACCCCCAGCCCUGCCGUGCCUGUCCGCUGCGCCCCGUCCCGCCGUGUCCGUCCGUCCGUCCGUCCGUCCGUGAGCGUGUCUGUCCGUCCGUCCCCCUGCCCGGCGGGAGGGCAGGGCUGCCGUCGCCGCCCCGCCGCUGCCUUAGCCCGACCGCCAGCCCGGGGCAGGGCUCUGCCUGGCGCGUGCCUCAGUUUCCCCUCCGCUGGGGGCCGGGGCGGGGGGGGGGACACCCGGUGCCACCGCCUGCCAAGUGCUUCGAGAGCCGCCUGCCCGGCGCGUGGCCCCCGCCGCGGCACGUGUCCUCGCCGGGCGCCCGGGCCCGCCCCGUGUUUAUGUCCCGUCACACACUAUUUAACGCCCCGACAAAGUGUAUUUUAUUUAUUUAUUCUCGUCUGCGUGUGGUGGGGGGGGGAGUCGCCCCGCUCGCUUGGGUCUUUGUAAUAAACGUUUCGUUGGGACGUCC